AUGAGGAAACUUGAUAGUAUUCUAAUAAUUUUAAUCUUCAAUGCGAUAUUUUGGAGUUUAAUUAAUUCUGUUAAAAAUAAUAAAGAGAAAAAUGAGUUAAGUAGAAUUGGGGAAACCUCAAAGGAUAACGAUGGAGCCGAAUCAUCGGUUAAUCCUCAGAUUCAAAACAAUGAAAAAAUGUUAAAACCAAAACCUAAAAUUACAAAGGGCACAACAAAAGAUAAUCAAGAAGAAAAAAAGUUUAAUAAAAGUGAACAUAUGAAAAUUUACCGUCAAAACAAUAAAGAAAAAUUAAAAGAAUCUGAUCGAAAAUACCGGGAAAAUAAUAAGGAAAAAAGACGAGAAGUUGACCGAAAUUAUUACAAAAAUAACAAAGAAAAAAAGCGAGAAUAUUGCCAAAAAUACCGAGAAAAUAAUAAAGAAAAGAUUCGAGAAUAUGGCCGAAAUUAUUACCAAAACAAUAAAGAAAACAGGAAAGAAUAUGAACGAAAAUACCGUCUAAUUGCAGGUAAUAAAGAAAAGAAGAAAGAAUAUCAUAGAAAUUAUCGAGAAAAUAAUAGAGAAAAGAAGCGAGAAUCUGAUCGAAAAUACCGAGAAAAAAAGAAAAAUAAAAAAGCAAAUUUACAAGAUCCAAGAAAUGUUCAUUCUGACAAUAAUGGUGAAGGAACUUCUUUUGCUAAUACACACAACGAUGAUGUUAGAAAUAAAGGUAAAUUGCCAAUCGUUUAUGAAGAGGUCAUUCAGCAUGAAGAAGGAAAUCUUUUUAGCGAAGAGGAUGAAGAAUGUGAAGAAACAGAAACUAAUGUGGAUGAGCAAAAUCAAUCGGUGGUUGAAGAGGCAAACAUGAAUCAGAUAGAUUUAAAUGAGAAAUAUUAUCCGUUUGAUCUGAACAAGAAACCUGAGGAUAACGAUGAGGACGUUUGUUAA